UGCCAAAGAGCUGCCAAAUAGCCCAUCAUCCAAACAAGCUCUUCUCUCUCUAUCUCUCUCUCUCUCUCUCCCUCCCCCCUUCCCUCUCUUGCUGCGUUGCGAUCCUCACACCACAAUCUCAUCCUUACAGAUUCGUCCUCUUCGUCUCGAUCCCGAACUGUAAUCAUGAGUGACCAGGGAGAAAAGACUUGCCCUCUUUGCGCGGAGGAGAUGGAUUUGACAGAUCAGCAAUUGAAGCCUUGCAAAUGUGGUUAUGAGAUUUGUGUUUGGUGUUGGCACCACAUAAUGGACAUGGCUGAGAAGGAUGAGACAGAUGGGCGGUGUCCUGCAUGCCGCAAUCCUUAUGACAAGGAAAAGAUUGUAGGAACAGCUGGAAAGUGUGAGAGGCUGGUUUUAGAAAUCAACAGCGAGAAAAAGAUGAAGUCUCAGAAGGCAAAAGUCAAAUCUACUGAAGGGCGGAAGCAGCUCACUACUGUGCGAGUGAUUCAACGGAACCUCGUUUACAUAGUUGGGUUGCCUCUUAAUCUGGCAGAUGAAGAUCUUCUGCAGCGCAGAGAAUAUUUUGGUCAGUAUGGGAAGGUUCAAAAAGUUUCAAUGUCUCGAACAGCAGCUGGCGUCAUUCAGCAAUUUCCAAACAAUACAUGUAGUGUAUAUAUUACAUACUCAAAAGAGGAGGAAGCGGUUCGGUGUAUUCAAAAUGUACAUGGGUUCCUCUUGGAUGGUAGAUCUUUGAGGGCUUGCUUUGGGACCACAAAAUAUUGUCAUGCAUGGCUGAGGAAUGUGCCUUGCACCAAUCCUGAUUGUUUGUAUCUGCAUGAGGUUGGGUCUCAGGAGGAUAGUUUCACUAAAGAUGAAAUAAUUUCUGCAUACACUAGGAGUAGGGUACAACAAAUUACUGGUACAGCAAACAGUAUGCAACGGCGUUCGGGGAGUGUUUUGCCUCCACCACUAGAUGAUUAUUGCAACACCAGUUCUGCUUCUGCCACAGGACCAAUUAUUAAAAAUGGAUCAAGUAAUACUGGAAGUCUUAUUAGAGGUUCUCCUCCAAAUGGAAGCUCUGGUAGAUCUAUUGCUCUCCCAGCUGCAGCCUCAUGCAGGGGAACACGUGGUUCAAACUGCCAACCACCAGCUACACAUAUAAUAAGUUCAAAUGGACAUUCUAAACAGAAACCUGAUACAGUCAGAAGCACAUUGCCAUAUUCUGCAGCAACUGGUGCUUCUGUUCAGUUAUCUACAGUGCAUAGUGAAGGAGGAAAGAGGUCAGCAUUAAAUGAAGAAAGUCAGACUUUGCAUGCUAAAUGUAAACCAGAAUCAUUGAAGAUUGUGAAACAGCAUAGUGGUGUGGAUUGUCAAAAUGAUCUGUCUGACGUACCUGCUGCACCUGAUGAAGGUUCUACUUCUGCGAAUGUUAGCAACCAAUUAUUUGCGACAUCUGUAUCCAAGGAAGAUGAUAGAGGCAGUAGCAUGCAACCAAACAUUAGCAAUCCUACCAACCAUCUAUCAUACAGUUCCUCUCAUGAAAAAGAAAACAUUGUUUUCACUGAAGAAGUGGUCCAAAACCUAUGCUCUGAUAUCCCUUUAAUGAGCAUUGAUAGAAAUGCCAAGUUAGGAAAUUCCAGUGUAGCCAGAUCUAAUAGUUCACCUUCAGAUAACUCCUUUAUUAAAUCGCCUCGGGACCAACAAUAUUGUGCUGAGCAGUCUAGAGAUCAUCCAUCAACUGGUGAGAAAGCUGUCACAUCGGUUAAUGGGGUGUGUAUUACAAAGGAACAAUCCAACUGGAUGUUAGAGUCACAACCCCAACUAGUGCCAAGUACAUCUUCUGAAGUCGAGGAGGAUGUGCUGUCUUUUGACAAUCAAAGACUCAAGGAUCCAGAAGUGAGUCGGUCAACAUAUUUGCCUAGUUUGCCUAAUACAGUACAUGCUCCAAAUCACUCUAGGCCCCCUUUGUUGCAUAAUGAGGCUUAUGGUGCAGUUCAUUCCAAUGCUGAUUGUCUAUUUGUAGAUAACAAGGUUAGGGAUAGUUCACUUUUAUCUAAUGGUUACCCUGAAAACAUGGUAACCAGAUCUUCUGGUUCAGGGAGGCCAUUGGAGUAUCCCUAUCCUCUUCCAAAUGAAGUCCCAGGGAAGCACACUGGAAGAUUCCUGGAUGAUGCAGCAAAUCCUGAUUUCAGUACUGCUGCUGACAAGGGAGAGAGUAGCAUAAUCUCAAAUAUAUUAUCAAUGGACUUUGACACAUGGGAUGACUCACUAACAUCACCACAGCAUUUCUCCAAAUUGUUGGGUGAAACUGAUAAACAGUCUGGAGCGCUCAAAAUGUCAAGUCCUUGGAAAGUACAAAAUAAUAAUCAGUCCAGAUUCUCUUUUGCAAGACAGGAGGAUGCUAAAAAUCAAGCAUUUGAUUUACAGUCAUCUCUGAAUGUCGAUGGGCAGUUUUCUAAUAACCAGUCAGUCCAUCAGGGCUUUUCUGAAAAUAGAGAUCUAUAUUUGGAUAAUUUAGGAAUUGGAAAUGGUUUCCCAUCUAGUACUUUUGAAGAAUCUGAAAGUCAUGCCAGAAAUCAUUUAGCAUUCUCUUCUAACAAGCUUUCUGCGGUUUCAAGGGCUCAAAUAUCUGCUCCUCCUGGAUUCUCUGUGCCAAGCAGGGCGCCACCUCCAGGCUUUACUUCUCAUGAGAGAGUGGAUCAGGAUUUUGAUACUCUGUCUGGGAAUCAUAUGUAUGGUACUUCAUCUUUGUUGAGAAACGCAUAUCAACCUCAGGCAAAUGGAAAUAUUGGGAGCUCUGCUGAUAUUGAGUUUAUGGAUCCUGCUAUAUUGGCAGUUGGUAAGGGGAGACUGCAAGGUGGGCUUAACAACCCAGGCCUAGAAAUGAGAUCAAAUUUUCCUUCGCAGUUGAGUGGGUAUGAAAACGAUGCAAGGCUUCAACUAUUGAUGCAAAGAUCACUCGCCCCACAACAAAACCUUAGAUAUCCUGAUUUUGGGGAUGGUUUUUCUCACGUCAAUGAUUCUUAUGGGAUCUCCUCAAGGCUUUUGGAGCAGUCCCAUGCUAGCAAUCUUUCUCCUUUUUCUCAAAUGUCCCUCCAACAGUCCAGAAACCGGGUCAUGUCAAAUGGCCACUGGGAUGGGUGGAAUGAGGUCCAGGGUGGAAGCAAUGUAAGUAUGGCAGAGCUCCUGAGAAAUGAGAGACUAGGAUUGAACAAGUUUUAUUCUGGUUAUGAAGAAUCAAAGUUUCGGAUGCCCAGUUCAGGCGAUCUGUAUAACAGAACAUUUGGGAUGUAAUAAUGCAAAAUAAUAGAUUUCCAUGGCUUGGGGAAUGUUCAAGUGGAGGAACCGAGGGCUGUGGUGUUGUGACCUUGUGCUCAAGGAUGGGACUGACUCGUAACUGGUCUUGCUCUCCGCAGCGUAAUGUAGGGUCAAACUCCCGUACUUUUGGGGUCUGUAAUCCUGCAGUGGUUUCCUUUUACACUCUGUUUUCAAUUGCAACCAGAGAUGCUCGCUUUCUUCUUUGUUGCGGUGGGGCGAUAAAUGCUUGAUGCUAAGAUUGUAUUGUGGGUUGCUGUAUAUGGUCAAUUUCCGAUCGGCUGAUCAUCCCGAUGAUGAGUAUUCAACUCCCUGCAGUACUGAUAUUUGAUUGUUGCUCUCACAACUAGAUGGAUGAAAUCUGACCCUUUUUGGGAGUUUAAUACCGCGUUAACUGUUCAACAUGAUAAAACGGAUAUAAAUAAAUCACACCUUUUUUAUUUGUUCUUUCUCCUUUUGCUUUUCUGUUUGUAUUGUGUGUUGCAAAGUUGAGACCAGAAAUUAUGAGUGAUUGGGAAUUAAAAGGUAAUUCGUUUCGUCCAAUUAUAUUCCGAGUUUGGGGUGUGUGCUGUAACUAAGGUUACCAACGAAAUUCGGUAUAUAAACUUAUUCUGAUUGGUGGUUUUCUGAACAAAAUAGAAAGCUUUGUAGUUAUAUUUUGUU